AAGAACAGCUAAGUUAAAACUUUGUGUUGACUAAAAGUUUUCUCUCCUUUCUGUCAAGAAGUCUUCUCUGUUUUGACUUGCAAGUAACCAAGAAAAAUGCGACAAGAUGAGAAAAACUCCGAGGAAGAAUUCGUCGAAGUCGAUCCCUCUGGUCGCUAUGGCCGAUAUAAAGAAGUUUUAGGUAAAGGAGCUUUCAAACAAGUAUACAGAGCAUUUGACCAGCUUGAAGGAAUCGAAGUUGCUUGGAACCAAGUUAAGUUAGACGAUAAACUCUCUAACUCAGAGGAUCUAGAUCGUCUUUAUUCUGAAGUUCACUUACUCAAAACCCUUAAACACAAAAGCAUUAUCAAAUUCUACACUUCUUGGAUCGAUCACCAACACAUGACCAUCAAUCUCAUCACCGAAGUCUUCACCUCCGGAAAUCUUAGACAGUACCGGAAGAAGCAUAAGUGUGUUGAUGUAAGAGCAUUGAAGAAAUGGUCAAGGCAGAUUUUAGAAGGGCUUGUUUAUCUUCAUAGUCAUGAUCCUCCUGUGAUCCAUAGAGAUCUUAAAUGUGAUAACAUUUUCAUUAAUGGCAACCAAGGUGAGGUCAAAAUUGGUGAUCUCGGCCUAGCUGCCAUUCUUCACCGCGCUCGCUCAGCUCAUAGCGUCAUCGGAACUCCUGAAUUUAUGGCACCAGAACUCUAUGAAGAGGACUAUAAUGUAUUAGUCGAUAUAUACGCGUUCGGAAUGUGUUUGCUCGAGCUAGUAACUUUCGAAUACCCGUAUUCCGAAUGCACAAAUGCUGCUCAGAUUUAUAGGAAAGUUACAUCGGGAAUCAAACCAGCCUCCCUUUUGAAUGUGACUAAUCCGCAAGUGAGAGCAUUCAUAGAGAAAUGUAUUGCCAAGGUCUCGGAACGCUUGUCUGCCAAGGAACUACUUGAUGACCCUUUUCUAAAAUGCUCGAAGGAACAAACCGAAUACGUCAGCUCUCACAAAGAAAAUGGCUGCAACGGAAGAGGAAUUGAGGAUAAUGACUUAGAUUCUACGGUAGGUUUAACUGUAGAAGGCCAACGUAAAGACCUCAAUACAAUCUUUCUAAAACUUCGAAUCACCGAUUCCAAAGGUCAAAUCCGCAAUAUCCACUUCCCAUUUAACAUAGAGACAGACACAUCUUUCUCAGUCGCCAUCGAAAUGGUCGAAGAAUUAGACUUAACCGAUGAUCAAGACAUCUCAACUAUCGCUAAAAUGAUAGACUUAGAGAUACAUUCACACAUCCCCGACUGGACUCCUUCUCGUCUUACCGGAGAUGAUUCAGCUAUACACAAAUGUUUGUCUUCUCCUCUGCAUUUAGACAGAUUUCCUUCAGGGAGAAAAUUCUGGUCCUCUCCUAAAGCUGGAGCUGGAGAUUCUCGUUCGCCCUUCGCGCCACGGUCUAGUUCUAAGCUGUCUUUCUCACAAGGACCAAUCAAUCAAGAUGUUGGGGUUAUAGUCGAGAAACUUGAGUCUUUAUUGAGGAAACAGAGAGAGGAGAUUGAAGAGAUGCAGAGAGAUCAAGAACGUAUUGUUUCUGAAUUCUUAAAAGAGUUUCCUCCUGAUAUCUGUGAAGAGGCUUUGGUAAGAUUACAACUCAAAGAAUCUGAUAGCUUACUAUGUUAGUUCGUUCGUUCGUUACAUUAUAUAAUACUCUUGUCAAGAUUAUUUUGGUUUUGUAAUAUUAUAUUGUGAUUGUGAAGGUUAAAGGUUAUCAUCUGAGAAAACUAUUUCUU